CCUGUCAUGAUAGAACUGUCAUCCAGUGACUGAUGGAAGCAGAUGCAGAGUAGCUCAACUUUAAGGGCUAAUUUCAUUUUCUGUGAAAAGGAGAUAAUAGAACUUUGAUAAUGUGUGAUAUGACUGAGUUACUGUGUAUAUAAAGGUAUGAAGAACGACUUGGCAUUCAAGAUGAAAGGGUUUUAUGUGUCUUCAUUUUCUAAAGGAAGCCAUUUUCAAUUACAAUGCAUCAAUCUCAAUGGAGAAUGAUGGUCUUAAGGAAAUAGUAGUUUUUUAGAUGUUCAUCUACGUGCCUAAGAAAAUAUGUUAGUCAACUCUACAAUCAACAACAUCUAAUUGGUGCUUCUAGUUUCUGUGCCAUAUUAUGCUAUUCUGAUGGGAACUUGGCUGUGUUUUGGAAACAAUCAAACAAGCCCUGAGUACGCUUCGAGCAUGCUGAAAACAACAAUCCAUGUGUAGUCCCUGGGUGGCACGGCUUGGCGAGCUGAUGGUCUUUGCUCUGAUCACCCAGGCAGCUCUCAAACCAGCAAUGCCUCCGGUGAUCAAGGAUCAGCCUUUUAACGUUUUCUGGGCUGCUCCUACUUUGUUUUGUAAGGACCAUUUUGGUUUAGAUAUAAAACUUCAAUUAUUUGACAUCAUCCCAAAUCCUUUAGAAACCCAGAGCGGAUCCACGAUUUCCAUACUUUAUCCAAAUGAGCUCGGACAUUACCCUUAUUUCUCUGAAGAUGGAAAAUCCUUCUAUGGUGGAAUACCUCAGAAUGUGAACCUCUCUGAGCACCUCAAGAAAAGUGCCAGUGACAUUGCAGAAGCUGUCACUUGGUGGAGAUCAGAAGGACUUGCUGUGAUUGACUGGGAAGGCUGGAGGCCCCAAUGGGAUAGGAACUGGGCCAACAGGGUGAUAUAUAAAAACCGCUCCUUAGCGUUCACUCGAUACCACCAUCCUGACUGGUCAGAAGCGAAGGUGAGAACAGUCGCCCAACAGGAAUUUGAAAAGGCUGGAAGGAGUUUUAUGAACGUUACUCUCACGCUGGCUUUAGAAAUGAGACCAAAACGUUUAUGGGGCGUCUAUCUCUACCCAGACUGCUACAAUUAUGAUUACCGGAUAAAUCCAGAGUUCUACACAGGUAGUUGCCCAGAUGAUGAAAUUUUCCGCAAUGAUCAACUCCUGUGGCUGUGGGAAAAAAGCACAGCACUUUAUCCUUCCAUAUAUUUGAGUAAAAUAUUAAAAUCGAACUUAAAUGCACUGAAAUUUGUUCAUUUUCGAGUGAGAGAAGCCCUGAGAAUUGCUGAAAUUGCUAGAAAGGACUAUGUUUUGCCAGUUUUUAUUUUUUCCAGACCAUUUUAUUUGCAGAGUCUUGAAGCUCUGUCAGAGGAGGACUUGGUGCAUACAAUUGGUGAAAGUGCUGCCUUGGGAGCAGCAGGAAUGAUACUGUGGGGAGGAUACGAAUAUUCUGAUUCAAGGGAGGCUUGCUUAUCUGUGCAACAAACUAUUCAAGGGCUAUUGGGCCCCUAUGUUCUCAAUGUAACCUCUGCAGCCAACCUCUGCAGUCAAAGUCUAUGUAACAGUCAUGGACGAUGUGUUCGAAAGACAGCUGAAUCCUCCUUUUAUCUGCAUAUGCCUGAAGAUAGCCACAAGAAUUAUGUCAUAAAAAAGGGUUUCAAAUUUGUCAUUUCUGCAAGGAGUAAGCAGAAGACAAUAAUGAAUAUGAAGAAUGGAUUUGUGUGUCAUUGUUACUAUGGCUGGCACGGAGAGUCCUGCAGAUUGCGCUUUCCAAAUCUCUCGAGUCGGAAGAACAAGGCUUCUAUAGCUGCAUUUAAUUCAUUAGCCUUUCUUAUGACUUUAACUGUGACUCUGAUGAAUUUUUUUCUUAUUCCCUACUCUCAUGUCAAUUUUUUCUUAAAAUACUAAAGAGAAGAAAAUGCCAUUUUUCUCUGAUUUCAACCCAUUUAUAAACAAUUUUUAGUUUUAAAUUCCAAGCAAACUGUUUGUUGGGUGUUCACUUUGUGCUAGGCAAUAAGAACAGACCUGUCCUCGUGGAGCUUUGCAGCUGGAAGUUUCUCAAGGUCCCACCCAGCCCCAUGGGUAGGGUUGAAUCUCUCCCACUUGCGGUAUGCAGAUGCUUAUAAAAUAAUCACUCAGAGGCUUAUUAUAUUAAUUACCAACUGUAUGGUCUAUGGUCAGGCUUCUUACUUGCUAGUUUUUUCAACUGAACAUAACCCAUUCCUAUAAUCUAUAUGUUGCCAUGUGGUCAUGGCAUUAUCAGUCUGCUGACAUCUUGUUGUUCCUUCAGCAGCGGCUCGCAUGGUCUGCCCCAUUCUCCUUUUCUUCUCCUCCCUCUCCAGCUCAAAUGUCCCACCCAACUCACCUAAUUCUGCCUCACCAUUGGCCAAACAGCUUUAUUUAUCUAACAAUCAGAGCAACACAUAUUCACAGUAUACAGAAAGACACCCCACAGCCGAGCUUAGAAAUAAGCAGUCAAUAGACACACAUCUAUGAUGGUGAUAGUAUUCUACAGAAUAAAGAGAAAACAGGCUUAAGGAAUGAGGACGGACUAGAGUGCACCAGGAAUGUUAUGUAAGAUAGUCACAUAGUGCCUCUCUAGUGAGAAGAUCAGACAGCAGAAGAGACAGGUCAAUACUAUCAGGGAGCCAGACAUAACAGUUUCCUUAUGUAAUCUGAGCACCUGGAAGGCAGAAGCAGAUUGUAACUUCAAGGCCAGCUUGGUUUACACAGUGAGUUAAAAACCAGUCAAGAUAACACAGUGAGAGUUUAUCUCAAAAAAGGAAAAUAAAACUAAAAAGGAAAAAAAUCCAAAAGAAUUUGUCUGAGGAAAGUGUUCUUGAAAUAAGGAAAAGCAAGUCCAGAGGAAACAACUUUUUGUAUUUCUGGGCAUGUGAGUUAUUAAAUAAUGAGCAGUGCAACAAAACAACUACCACCACCACCACUCUAGGAUACUAACCUAUGGAAUGAACAUGACUCUUUAAAUGUAUGCAAUAGGGAUUAACUUUAUCCAGAGUUACCUUGGAUUUGGCUCAUCAAUACCAAAAGAGAAACACUAUUAGCCUCCUACACAGUAGAAAUGAUAAGGGAAAUUCUUUCAUUUGAUACUUUUUGGUUUGAAAUAUACUAUACCCAGUUUGUCAACUUUCACUGGAUAGUAAUUCAUUUGAAAAUCUCAUUGUGGAGACUUGAGUUGACUUAGUUGUAAUCCAAAUAAUUUUAUUUCACAAAUGCAGCAGAGAUUGUGGUAUCCUAAAUAUUAUUUACUUUUUAAGGCUAGGAGAGGUAUUUUCCUUACUGAUAUGCUCCAAAUAUUGCAGUAUUAGGUAGGCUAUAUCCUUGCAUACAUGUAAAACUUUAUAAAAGGUCACAUUAAGAUUCUCAUGCUAUGGGGCACCUUGCACAGCCUUGAGGCAGGGGGAAGGGCUUGGACCUGCCUCUACUAAAUGUACCUACCCAUGGGAGGCCUUACCUUCUUGUAGGAGGGAA